GAACCAAUAAAUAAUUAAAACUAUAUACACCAAGAAAUACAAACUAAAAGGAAGAGAUAUUUUCCACUAAUUGUGGUCAAUAUCUCAACCAGGGACAAGCUUUAAUGCACCUCUUAAACAGUGGUAACAGCCAAGUCACAACGACUACCUAUCACCACCCGAUGGAGGUCUUAGCCAAAAGGCCAAGAAGCGAAUAAAAGCAGUGCAGCUUUAGUCCAUGAAUGAGGUGAAAUUAGAAGGUUUGUUUAUUUUGGUAUUUCCAGUUGACUUUACACGGCAGCCAGAGUCAACUAAGGGUUUGUGGCCGUACAAUGCCCAGGUCUGCUCUAAAUGCUUUAUUGAGGAGCUAAACUGAGGAGUUUGUUAUCUGGUAGUUUGUCCUUCUGGACCUGUUCCUCUCAGGCUCUGUGUUAAUUGAUAACUUUACCUGAUAAAGGAAGGAAUGAAAAACAGGAAAUCUCUGCUGCUCGGCCCUGAGUUCAGGAAAACAUCCUCAGAGUUCAGAACAGGAUCUGUUAAAAUCCCGUCUGCCUGCUGAGGUUGAUCUGGUCCAACAGUUCUGGAGGAGACAGAGGAGCUGGCCUACCCACAAUCCUCUCUGCUGGUUUAAUCCGUUAAAAUGUGAUUUUACAGUCAAGUUACCAAAGCAGCAUGUAACGCUCUGCUGUAAAAAUCCUCCUGACAUCAGAACAAACACCAAACCUCCAGAGUCUGCAGAGAAAGUUUGCUGUUUGCCAGCUGAGGUCAUCAUCAAGGUCAAUCCCAGCUGUUUGAAGGAGUGUGUGAUGUCAUGCUGGUGCACGGCCACCAGGAGGCGCUCUCCAGCUGAGCUGAGAUCCAGCAGCAUCUCCACUGUCUGAUCUGUGUUAGCAUGGAGCUGCUGAGCUUCACACUCCUCCACUGCUCAGCUGUGGGUCUCUGAGGGAGAGUUUGUAGUCAGCAGACUGAGGAGAACAGAAAACUGUUCUUAACUUCGCCCUCAUGAAGUCAUAAUAUUUUUAUAUUAUGGCGUUAUUAUUUUAUUAUGGCAUAGUUUACAUAAAUAUUCUGUUCUGUUGCAGAGUGUGUAUUAAUCUGGUAUUUUUAGUUUAAAUUCCAACUUCAUCAGAGCAAAGUAAAUGAUUUAUAAAAUGAAGCCUCAAACAUAAUGAAUCUUCAUGUUUUCCAGGUAAAAGAUGGCGCAGCAGCAGGAAGUGGAUUUCGAGAAAAUACUUUUCAAGGUUCACAGUGAGUUUGUGGAGAGAGUUUCUGAGGAAAUCCUUCGUCGGCUCCUCGAUGACCUGGAGAAAGAUGGCGUCUUUAUUCGCUUGGAGAAGCGGGCGAUACUUCAAGGGAACCCAACCACAGCAGACAAGGCUCGUAACACCAUGGAUGCUGUGAGGAUGAAAGGACAGAGAGCCUGCAGAUUGAUGAUCAGACGUCUUCACCACAGAGAUCCCACUCUGUCCAACCAGCUGGGUUUGUCCUCUUUGUCUCCUGUUAAAGAUUUUGAUGUUCGGUGUCAAAAGGAGCUUAAAGACCAUCUGAAGAUGAAGUUCCAGAGUCUCUCUGAAGGCGUCGCUGAACUUGGAAAUAAAACGUUUCUGAACCAGAUCUACACAGAGCUCCACAUCACAGAGGGGUUAACUAGAGAGGUCAACCAGGAACAUGAGGUCAGACGGAUUGAAACAGCAUCCAGGAAACAAGAAACAAUCAGAAGAGAAGACAUCUUUAAAGUCCCACCUGGAAGUGAUCAACCAAUCAGAACAGUGAUGACCAUGGGAGUGGCUGGCAUUGGGAAAACACUGUUAACACAGAAGUUCACUCUGGACUGGGCUGAAGGCAGAACCAACCAGAACAUCCAGUUCAUAUUUCCAUUCACUUUCAGAGAGCUGAAUGUACUGAAAGAAGAAAAGUUCAGCUUGGUGGAACUGAUUCAUGAGCGCUUCACUAAAACCAAAGGAAUCAGCAGCUUUGAAAACUUUCAUGUUCUGUUCAUCUUUGAUGGUCUGGAUGAAAGUCGACUUCCUCUGGAUUUCCACAAGACUAAAAUGUUAACUGACCCUGAAAAGUCCAGCUCAGUGGAUGUUCUGCUGACAAACCUCAUCAGGGGGAAACUGCUUCCCUCUGCUCUCCUCUGGAUAACCACACGACCUGCAGCAGCCAAUCAGAUCCCUGCUGAGUUUGUUGGCAUGGUAACAGAGGUCAGAGGGUUCACUGACCCCCAGAAGGAGGAGUACUUCAGGAAGAGAUUCAGAGGUGAUGAAGAGAAGGCCAGCAGGAUCAUCUCCCACAUCAAGACAUCAAAAACCCUCUAUAUCAUGUGUCACAUCCCAGUUUUCUGCUGGAUCACUGCUAAUGUUCUGGAUGAAAUGAUGGAGACCAGCGAGGGAGGAGAGCUGCCCAAGACCCUGACUGAGAUGUACAUAGAGUUCCUGCUGGUUCAACUCACAGUUAAGGAGGACAAGUAUAGUGGAAAAGCUGAAGAUCCAGAGAACAGGAAGCUGAUUGAGUCUCUAGGUAGUCUGGCUUUAGAUCAGCUGCUGAAGGGAAACCUGAUCUUCUAUGACAAAGACCUCAAACGUUGCAGCAUCAAGAUCAAAGAUGCUGCGUUGUUCUCAGGAGUGUUCACUCAGAUGUUUAAAAGGGAGAAAGGGAUACGCAACAAAUCCAUCUACUCCUUUGUUCAUCUGAGCAUCCAGGAGUUUCUGGCUGCCGUCUACAUGCUCCACUGCUUCACCAGCAGGAGGUCAGAGGUCAUCAAGACGUUCCUGGGAGAAGAAGAGGAAGAUGAGGACAGUGAGGAAGAUGAGGACAGUGAAGAAGAUGAGGACAGUGAGGAAG